GGAAGGAAGGAGAGAGGAGACAGGGUAUGUAGAAUGUUUCAUGUGGAGGUAGCCUGAAAUGUAAGGAAGGAAGAAGGUUGGGGGAAAUGAUUGAAAGAAAGAAAGAAAGAAAAGGGGGAGUUUCAUUCUCAAAGUUGGUCAGCUUUCCAUUUUAAUGAGUUAUGAGAGAAGCAGCAGCAUAAGAUAAGAAAUAAAAGAAAGAAGCAGCAUAAAGCAUAAGCAACCAUUCACGUCUCAAAUUAAAUCUGUGACACACACUUUUCUCUUCUCUUCUCUUAUUUUCUUCGACGUCAUCACUCAUCACAUGGGUUCCGCCACCAGUAGACUAGACGGUUCUCGCCCUCCCACGGCGAGGCUCAACCGCAACAACACACGCUUCAGCCUCUCCUCUCUUCUCUGCGGUGCUUCCACCUCUCGCUCCACCUAUCAGAUGGAAGAACAUCCAUCUGAACUUCAGGUAGAUUUAGCAACAGAACCUGAUGGUGGAACUCAGGAAAUCACUGAGGAAUCAUCUUUAUCAUGUACAGAAGCUAGAAUCAGCUGCAGCCACCAUGCUGAAGCCGCUACCUCAUCCAAUACAAGAACCGAGUCUCAUCAGCAUAUUGGUAUUGAAGGUUCUUCCAUAAAUGUUGCAGCAAGUAGUCAGAGGAAGUGCUUGUCUGAAUGUAAGGAGCUAGUCCCUCCUCAUCAGGUAAGUGCUGGUCAUAGUGGUAAUGAAUCAUAUAGGGAUAGUAGCAAUACAGCUAGUACUUCUUUUGUAGAGCAACAAUCUUCAGAUCCAGUCUCUGUAAAUGUUUCUGCUAACAAAGAUGGAGUCAAUAAUGUUGAUGAUCCAGUGGUUAGUGGUGUAUCUCAAAUCUCUCAUGAGACAGUGCAUCCAUGGAGUUCGAGCCCUCAGGAGAAUGGAUAUUUUAGUUCUGGGGAAAUUUCUGUUGAGAAUGAUGCAUUAAUGGCUACCCAGAGUCCUUCUUCGGAUCCCGUUUCUCAAGUUUCCACUUUACCGGCACCUUCUCCUAUGCCCGAAGAUGAACCUCGCAGAGAGGCAAUACCUUCAGGAUGAUAGUGUGCUUCAAGUUGAUGUUGUCACAAUAUCCUCCAACAUCUUGUCUGGCAGCACUGCUGAUGCCAAUGAUCAUGAUACCGGAAGGAGUGGUAGAAGAAUAUUUUGGGAUGCUUUUUCACGGCGUAGUUCUAGAAGGCUUGGCGACUCUCAAACAAUUGUGUUCUCUGCUGGCGGUGCCGAUGAUCCUAGAUCUCAAGAUAGAUGGCUUGUUGAUCUUGGUGGGGAUUUCUCCAACGAUGGGUUUGGAGGUGCUUCUUCUGGAUAUGUGGGCAGUAGAAUUCACAGAUUUAAUGAAAGAAUGCGGCACUCAAGAUCAGAGAUCUGGGAAAGGCUUCGAGGUGGCCUUGAUGAUUUUGGUCGUUUGAAUUCUUCAUGUCCAUCAGGACUUCAUGCAGAUGGUAUGUGCUCAUGUGAGUCUUUACCAGCAGCUGAAGAAUCUAGCACUCGAGCAAGUAUUUCAAGAAUUGUCAUGCUGGCUGAAGCUCUGUUUGAGGUUUUAGAUGAAAUCCAUCGGCAACCUGUAUCGCUUUCCCUUCUCACAAAAAGGUCGAUGCAGCUGACGGUGGCAGUGAUGCUGAACAAUGUUACAUAUGUUUGGCGGAGUAUGAAGAAGGGGACCAAAUUCGAGUUCUUCCUUGCAACCAUGAGUAUCACAUGUCGUGCGUUGAUAAGUGGCUUAAAGAAAUACAUGGCGUAUGCCCUCUUUGUCGUGGCAAUGUUUGUGGAGGGUUCACGGAGUCUUCUACCAACUCAGUGCCAUCUCAUUGAUAUUGUUGUACAUAUGGAUGUAAAUAUUCAAAUGACAUGUAUAAAAUAGCCAUUUAGAUUACCUAUCUAUUCUGGCAAAAUAAUGAGAUAUUUUUGUAUUCCAAUUUUGUGAUAUUCCUUCCCCCAAUUACAUUUUCAUAA